AAUUUUUACUUUUUACUUUUUACUAUUUUAUUUUUAAUGGAGAUUAGAAACUAACUUUUACCUAUACCUAUAUUAUGGCGGCGUUUAAUUUUCGGGAAGGUGUUCGUCAGAAAUAAUUAAAUUCAGGAAAAUAUUUGUCGGGAAUGCUUUUGUGAUGGGAACUAUAUAAUAUUAACAGGAAAUCACUUAGUAAAAUUAAAUUCGGAAAAGUAUAUUUUAGAGAAAAAUUAUUCUAAGGAAUUGAAAAUUGAUGAAAAUAUAAAUCAGGAAAAUAAUACACUAAUUUACACAUGACAUUUUCGAAGCAUUUAUAUUAAUUCUAUACUAUUGCCUUUUUAUAGUUUUGACUGUAAUAAUACUUUUCACAUUUCACUAUAAUAAUUAAUAAAAAUAUAUUUGUAUGAUAAUAUAGGCUGACAGAUUAUCGUCCCCGCUCAGAAUCGUGUUUCGUAUCACAACAAUUUAACAUAUCCAAAUUACAGUACUGAGUACAGUGACCUACUCAAUGACAAGGUAGUAGGUACAUUCGACUCCUACUGUACACCUGAACGGCUGAACAGCAAAGCAAUAGAACGGUUACCUACAUUGGCUAUAUUUUUGGCCACUUUUUGUUUAUUUAUUAUACAAUAAUAUACACCGCCGUCCGCAGGGAGCGGCAGUUGCGCGGAGUCACCCAAAUUUGAUGGGAAUAUUGUUAUUUUAUUCAUACAAGUACAGAACAUUUGGAAGAUCCCGUAGUAUAUUAUAAUUACGACAUUGACAUAAUAUUUAAAUGAUUAUCCAAAAAUAAAGCUAAGCGCUAUUGAUGGAUUUGUUAUUUGAAUAGGUAUUAUUUAAAAAUGUACAGGAUAAAUAUUCGUUUUGCGUAGGUAUACAUUUAAAUAAAUGCAACCCGCACUCCCCCAGAUCAGCCAGAUCUUUUCUCUAUAUGACUAUAUCCUUCCCUGAUUCGAAUAUAUGCGAAGGUCCAUAUUUCGAAUUUUGAUUGCAACAUCGGUUAGGUUAGAUAUUACAAUUCAAUAAUAACAAACGUUACACCCAAUGAUGGAUCGGUGUGAGAACUGUGGAGACGAAUAUGAGCGGUUGCUGAGCGAAGAGGAUGACCGGUCGUCGGCAGCCGAGGAUCAUAGUGACGAACGUCCGCUUCAUCUGCGGCAGCGGCCCGUCGAUACCGGUCGGCGCGUCGCCUACGGUUUCGGACACGUGUUCAACGACAUUACCGCAGCCAUUUGGUUUUCUUACACCAUGGUGUUUAUGCAAAACGUGGUUGGUGUGCCUGGAACUACCGCUGGAUUUCUGCUGUUUUUCGGUCAAACUGUUGAUGCAAUAGCAACACCAUUUGUGGGACUCAUGGUUGACAAAUUCGGAAAAAAGAAAAAUUGGGUGCUUUUAGGUACAGUAAUGGAAGCCAUAAGUUUUCCGUUAAUAUAUUACGUUUGGAAUCUGUCCAUAGUCGUAGCUAUUUUGAUUUAUAUUUGCUCGAUAUUAAUAUUCCAAAUGGCAUGGGCUCUUGUUCAAAUUUCCCACUUGUCGUUGAUACCAGAGCUGACUGAUUUGUCUUUAGAGAGAGGCAAGUUAACUUCAAUAAGAUACGUAUUCACAGUAUCCACGAAUAUUUUAAUGUUCAUCAUCGCUUGGUUAGUGUUCAGAGGUGUACGGAAUAAUGGAAAUAUGGGUAGUCUCAUUGGUCCUAACGAUUCAGAAAAAUUUCAAAUGUUAGCGUUAAUUGCUACAACGAUUGGAGUAUUCUCUGCGUUUAUUUUCCACGGGCUAUUGAAAAGCCCACGAAUUACCAAUACGAAGUUGAUGUACAGGCAGAAUCGACAAAUAAAUUUCGAUAAAAUACUAACAUUUUGUAAAAACGUUCAGCUGUAUCAAGUGGCUGUUGUGUUUACGACUUGUAAGUUACUGAUAAAUAUAGCUCUGAUCUAUAUACCACUUUUCAUCAACGAAUCGGCAAUUGACGAAUCUGGUACCAUUGCUAGCAUACCGUUGGUGGCGUAUGUGUCUUCUUUGAUCACGUCUAUAAGCGUGGAAUACGUUAAACCAUGUUUUAAAUCUGAUAAAGUGAUCUUUACAAUUGGUAGUAUAAUAUCGAUUUUUGGAUCAUUAUUGGUAUUCUUCAAUCCUAAUAACGAACUGACUUAUCACUACUUAUGCUUAGCUGCUGUAUGCUUUGGUUCAGGAAGUGCAAUAACUUCAGUGUUGAGCCUUAGUGUCACUGCAAACCUUAUAGGAAAUGAUACAGAUUGUGGAGCUUUUAUAUACAGUUCAGUCACAUUUUCUGAUAAAUUGAUUAAUGGUUUAGUUAUCAUUGGAAUAGAAUUCAUGAAAUGCACAGAUUUGGAAAAAUGCUCUCAUUAUUACAGGGAUGUUUUGGCAUUUAGCAGUGGAUCACUUGCACUGAUUGGUUUAUUAAUGUUUUUAACAAUACCAAAAAUACUUGUAAAGGCAACAAAGAGGUCAUCAUCUCGUAUAGUUAUUUGAAAUUAAAUUGUACAAAUGAAAUAUGUUCCUUUGCUAUUUUAGGGUUUAGAAAUAUUUUUAUUAUUUUAGUAGUUGAUAAUAAUGUAUAAUGUAAAUACACCUAAUAUAUUUUAUUA